AGCCAUUCCGAGCGCAAGGAGCGAGAGAAUGACACCAGAAGGCUCCAAUCUGCCGGCACGGCUGCUGCGGAGGGUGGGCCAGAGCGGUCGGUGAGCUACGGGUGUUGGCUGCAGUUCCUCAGGCUUAGAAUGGAAACAGUGAAUACGUGAGAUUGUCUGGCCAUGGGAAGGAGAAGAUGCCUGCUGCAAGGGUACCAGUGCUGGCAGCAAGAUCACUGGAUCUCUUCUAUUCCAGGAGACAUGGAGGUCUAUUUGUGGUUGGAGCUACCUGACUAGAUAAAGUAUAGAUCAGUCUGCUGUGAAAGUACCUCCCACGAAGAAGACUGCCCAAUGCUUUAGUUUGCUCUGAAUGUAUCAUGUUAUCAGAUAAGCUUUUUCAUGAAAUUAAAAGCCAAAUCCAGUAUUUUUCUGUUUUCUGAACUUGGCUUGGAAUUUUUUAUACCCUUGUCAAUUCAGGUGGGCCAUUAUUUGUUGCUAACUUUAAUUGGAGUUGUGGAAGCAAAAUCCUGGAAUAAAACUUACAAUGUUUCUUUAGCUUUAGAAUAGGCAACCUCGACUCAGGUUUGCAGUAAGGCAGUUUAUGCAUCUGCAACGUAUAAAUAGCUCUUUAAAUAAGUGUAAAUAAAAUAUAGUCAUGUUUAAAGCUUCUUUAUGUUGACAAAGUGGAGUAAAAUAUUUUCACUGUAAGAAAAGCCAACUUACCAUAGAAAAAAUACACUUCAGGAUGGGGAUCUUCACAAGAACCAAAACUUGGUUGCUGAAAGGGAGAUUGCACUGUCUUGAGUUUAAAUGGGUUCUGAAGCCAGUUAAUUAAUGCCACUGUAAAUGAAGCUCACAGUGGGCAAAUAUACAGCUACCUAGCAAAACCAGAGCUGCAAGACCAAAUCAGUUUCAGUUGACUAAACACUCAAAGGUGUACUGUCACCAAAAUAAGUGACCCUGUUUUGUAAGCCCCAGCAAUCCUGUGAUUCGACCAGGCUGUUGGUGUCCGUUGGUAUUCUGUUAUUUCAGUCCAGAGUGCCUCAUGGGAAUUCACUUAGGAAGCAGUCUAGUAGCCUGUGUCUCCCUUCCACUGCAAGCUGUAGAAGCUGUGUGUCCCUUCCACUGCAAGAUUCCUUUUGGAAUCUAAAAUAUGUAAGAAAGUUUUCUUUUUCCAUCUUCAUUUUCCAUUAAAUUGUAAGAGUUUGGAUUUUUUUUGAGGGUAAACCUAGGACUAGUUGUUCUCUUAAAUGACCAUUAAAAAAUCAAUUAUACUCCUUGCUUCCUGUGGACUUUACUGGAAGAAUUCCUAUAGGAAGAGAUUGAAGAAAACAUGGCCAAUCAACGGGAUUACAUUAGCAGACCUAUUUGCAAUGGGAUUUCUGUUCCCGAGAAUAAAAUCAAUUCCUUAGUGGCUGAAGGUCAUGGACAACAAAUUCUAAAAGUACUACAAAAGUUCAGAGAACAAAAUAUAUUUUUUGAUUUUAAAAUUGUCGUGAAAGAUGAAAUAAUUCCCUGUCAUCGUUGUGUACUGGCAGCAUGCAGUGAUUUUUUCAGAGCCAUGUUUGAAGUUAAUAUGAAAGAACGAGAUGACGGCAAUGUUACAAUUAGUAAUCUGUCACCCAAGGCAGUGAAAGCUUUUCUUGAUUACGCUUACACAGGAAAAACAGAGAUAACAAAUGAUAAUGUGGAAAUGCUCUUUCAACUGUCGUCAUUUCUUCAAGUUUCACUCCUUUCCAAAGCUUGCAGUGACUUUCUAAUAAAAAGUAUUGAUCUUGUGAAUUGCCUACAGUUGCUUUCUCUAUCAGAAAGUUAUGGGUCCAUCCGCUUGUUUGAUCAUGCGCUAGAUUUUGUACAGCACCACUUUUCAUUGCUGCUCAGAUCAAGUGAUUUUUUGGAGAUGAAUUUUGAAAUAUUACAAAAAUGUCUUGAGGCUGAUGAGCUAAAUGUCCCUGAGGAAGAAUCAGUGUUGAAAGCUGUCCUGCAGUGGACCAAACACAACUUAGAAACACGGCAGAAGUACCUGCCUAAUUUGAUUAAAAAAGUGAGACUACACCAGUUACCUGAAAAGACUUUGCAGGACUUUCUGCAUGCUGAAGAACACUUACUUAAGAGUGCUGAUUGCUCAGUAAUAAUCAGUGAUGCAGUUAAAAGUGUGCAAAACUUCAGUGGACUGUUUCCAGAUGCACGUCCUUCAACAACAGAAAAAUAUAUAUUUGUUCAUAAAACUGAUGAAGAUGGAGAAAACAGACAUACAUUCUGCUACAACAUCAAAACAGAUAAAUGGAAGGAACUACCGCACACGCACAUGAUUGAUCUGCCAGGGUCAAGUUUAUCUAGCUAUGGAGAGAAAAUAUUUAUAACUGGAGGAUGUAAGGGGAAUUGUUAUAGGACUGUCAGACUUCAUAUUGCUGAACCGUUUCAUGAUGCCACUGACCAAACCUGGUGCUACUGUCCAGUCAGCAAUGAAUUCUCCAUAGUAUCAGCUAUGAAAAAACCCAGGACAAUGCACACAUCUGUUGUAACCUUAAAUCAGCUCUUUGUUAUAGGUGGAAAGACAAGAGGAGCUCAAGAAACCCGAAGUCUUCUGGAUGUGGAAUCCUAUAAUCCUCUUUCCAAAGACUGGAAAUCUGUAAGCCAAUUACCAAGAGGUAUCUACUAUCCAGAAGCAAGUGCAUGUCAGAACAUAAUUUAUGUCCUUGGCUCAGAAGUAGAGAUUACUGAUGCCUUUAACCCAUCUCUUGACUGUUUCUUUAAGUAUAAUGCUAUGACUGAUCAGUGGUCUGAGCUUGUAGCAGAAUUUGGGCAGUUUUUCCAUGCAACUCUAAUCAAAGCUGUUCCAGUGAACUGUACAUUGUACAUCUGUGAUCUCUCCACUUACAAGGUCUACAGUUUUUGCCCAGAAACCUGUGUUUGGAAAGGGGAAGGGUCUUUUGAAUGCGCUGGCUUUAAUGCAGGGGCAGUUGGGACAGAAGACAAAAUUUAUAUACUGGGUGGUGAUUAUGCUCCAGAAGAAAUCACAGAUGAAGUUCAAGUCUACCAUAGUAGUAGGUCUGAGUGGGAAGAAGUUUCACCAAUGCCAAGAGCCUUAACUGAGUUUUACUGUCAGGUUAUUCAGUUUAAUAAAUAUAGGGACCCCUGGUCACCUGUACUGACAAUUUGCUCUGGAGAAUUUUGAAACUCCUAAGUCAACAGAAUCUAUUUAAAUGCACAAGUUUUAGAACAGAUUUUUAAGUAUUCAUUUACAGAUGGAGAAUUAUGUACCUGUUAGUUUAAAUCUUCGGUUUAAAUUGUAUGUUGUAGGAUUGCUUUUGGAAGAGCCCAUUAACAUGUCAUUCAUGCUAGUUAUACAGAAAAUAUUAAUUUUAUAUACAACUCUUUAAUAAUUUUGAAAAUGAUGUUACUUUUCAAAAAAGAAUAGUCACGAGGAAUUCACUGUGUAAUAUGUGCCAUUAUUUCUGUAAUAUUCACAGUUGUCCCAGAAGACAAAUAGCUAAAUGAGAAAAUUGACUGUGAUACUAUUUUCCCUAUAUAACUGAAGUUUAAAAGAAAUCUGCAUUAGUUGUUGUUUAAUUUACAUUUUUUAUAUUGAUAAACCUGUAAGAGAAAUUAAUUGUCAACUUUAUCUUAUCAGAAUGACCUUAGCAAGGGCGAGACCCAAAGUGACCUUCACAGCAUUAAAACCAGGUAUCUAACUUGAAGAGACUGAUAAUUCCUAUCAUCUUACUUCAGCUCUUCAGUUUUACCAGUUUUUCUCCAUCCUUGUGCCUUAGUAGUAGCUUUAUUUUCUGUUUCUGUCCCAUUAACUGUAGCAAGGUAAACUUCAAUAGCCUACUGUAGAGUGGGCAAGAUUUAUACAGGAUGGAUGAUUCAUGUGGUAUCUUUGUUUCAGUCAUGCUGUUAACUAAAGAAAAAACCCUUCAGGAUGUUUCCUAACAGAAGUCUUCCAUCUCUGAAGUCUCCAAUGCUACCUACUAAACAGUCACCAGGCUGCUUACAGCAGCAAGCUGUAAAAUAAAUUGUAGUUGUUGCUUUGGUUAACUAUGGGAAAAGUUUGUAUCAUACAAAGUUACAAAAAAAUACACGCAGUAUUAAAAGUUAAAGUAAACAGUAUUUCUGAGGUGAAAAAUCUUCUGUAGUGGUUUCAAGAAUUAAAACACUUGUACUUCAUGGUCAUUUUAAGUGUUAAAACAUUUCACAGUAAACACUACACAACAUAUUGCUUGAUAAACUUUCAGUAGUCAUCCCUUAUAAUGUUAAAAUUGUAAUGGACUUUUAGUAUUAAUAUUAGCCUAGGCAUAUAUUGUGAAGUAAAUUUGAUCUCAUGCUUACAAAGGGGACCCUCUUUCUGACAGGAGAACAAUGAAAUUAGCUAGGUUUCCUAAAUUAAUUUGUAAUCUUUUGCAGCCUGAGAAUUUUCUUUUUGUACCAGGUACUCGAAUAAGACGCUGAGAGCCCUUAUGUUCCUUAUAGGUAUCUUGUAAGCAGUAAGGUUGUCCUACAACAGAAGGAAUGGUUCUAAACAUCUAAGCACACCUUUUCCAAGCAGUUCAAAAAUUAAUCAAGUUUAGUGAGGCAUCUGAAACAUCUUUCAUAUGACUUGAGACAACUGUUCUAAGUUCGUUAUCACACCACUACUGCAUGUACUUUUUGCAAAACUCAAGCUCAAUAUUAAUGCUUAAAGCUUAAUAUUGCCUAGAACAUACUUCUCUUUUAAACAGUAAACAACUGAAGUCUGUGAUUGACUCUAUAAUUUGUUAUCAGAUACCUUUAUAAAUUUAGAUAACAUUCAUUAUAACUAUUUUCAUAAGUAUGUAAAUUAAAAUUAUUCAGAUUUGGAGAACAUAGUAAUAGAGAAGGACCCUUCCACUCUGUAAUUCCUUUGUAUUAAGAUGUGUCAGUUCUGUAGAAGUAAAUAGCUGCUUGUUACAAUAUUUCAGGCAACUUCCACAUAUAUUUUGCUUUUUGCAUAGUGAUUCUCCAAAUCAUAUUGUAACUACAAUUAGCUAGGUAACCUCUACAAUCAUCUUAUGGAAAUGCAAAUAUUUUUAUAUUGGAACACAACUACUUUUUAUUAGUACAAAGCAAAUGUAUUGAGUAGUAUUGAAUAGAGAGAGGAAGAAUACUGUUCCUGCUUACUGAAACCCUAGGAGAAAAAUAAGACACAUAGGAAAAGAGUAGUUUUAACAUUAAUAAAAGCUACUCAGCAUAGCUUAAAGACUUCAUUAACCAUUAUUUAUUGCACCUUGUCACAUUGGAAUACAAGGCCCAGUUCCCUUUUGCUUAUUUAUUUGUGUUGGUUUUGUACCUGAGUAUUGUGAGUAUGCAGUUUAUGCAAUGACAGAAGUAACAUACUGUGCCCAUAGUACAUGGGUAUAAAUAGCUAUGCAAAUUGGAAUAGACUAGAGAAUUGCAAGGGUUUUUUAAUUGCCACUGUCAUGACCAAAUUGCUGGAUCAUGUAAACAGUAAGCGAGUCAGUCAGUAAUUCAGGUGAUGCUCUUUCCCCAAAAUUUUUCCUUACAGCAUUUUUUUUGGCAGUCUUCCAUCCAGCUACUUGCUAUAUGUAAAAGGCUCUAGCAUAGGACACCAGAGCAAUGACAUAUGAGAUAAAUUAGUGUAGAUAGUGAAAACUGAAUGAAGCUUAAUUGGGAAAAUAGACAUGCUUCUUUAAUAUUCUAUGCUAUACUUGCACAGGAACUAAUGUCAGUUCCCAGUUUAACCAAUCAUUCCUGGAUUUCACAUGGAGUUGAGCUUUUUUACUCAGUGAUCAGGAAAUAGUGUAGUUGUGUCAGUUACUUUCUGUCAUUGCUUACAGAAAAGUUACUGUGAAAUAGGACUGAUUUUCUUCAGUUAGGCAGGGAAGGCUGUACUACAGAUCUCACAGAAGGAAAAAAAGGUCAUUUGCCACAAUUCCACAUACAAAGUAUUAAAUCUGAUAGGAGAAUUGAAUGCAGAAGAAGCUGUGUUAGAAAAUCGUGGUUAAAAAUAAGGCUUUCUCAUAGAAUUAAAGUCCUAUGUUCCAAACCCUCUGAUUGAUUGCUAAAGAUGUAAGAAAUCUCAGUGAAGUCAGCUACACAAAAAAAUAUGCAUUAUUUGCAUGAGUAACUGCUGUAGGUCUGGAUCAGAUUUUUCAUUCUACUUUACACAGUUGUUACACAAUUUUAAAAAGGUCACAAAGUCAGUGCAAAGCAAGUUUUUCUUUAUCUUUUGUGACUUUUCAAAGCUCACAGUACUUUAUGAAAAAGUACCUUCCUUAAAAAAUAGUUGAUAACUAGAUUAAUGAUUACCAGUGUUCUCACUGAAAUAGAGUAAGAUGUUUAAAACAAAUUGCAUGUAAAGUUAUAAUUACUAUUUGCACUUAAAUGAUGUAACCAAAACAUUUCUAAUAGUAUUCUAUUUUAUGUCACAGAACACAUUAUAAGCAUGACCAAUAUAAUAUACAUGGAGAUAAUAUAUAUUGUAUGUGGGAUUUUAAUAUCCAGUGAUGAUUAUAUUGGAUAAUCUUAAUUUUUAAAGAAUGCUAUCAAAAUAUUUAGCACUUUGAUAAUAUUAUCACACUGGUUUAGUUGUUAUAAUAAAUAUCAGUUAUUCAGGUGUUGAUUAUGUUUGCACAGACUUGAUGAUUAUUAUUUAUAUACUAACUUUUGGUUUUCCAUAUUCAAAAUACAUUUUUAGUAAGUCAGUUUAUUGCUGUUAAAAAUUUAUUAUAUUCACAGAAUGCAGUAGAUUUGCCAGGUCAGAUUUAUUUAUGGUAUUACUCCAUGAAGAAAGCUGUUUACCUCCUCUGGUCAGUAUUAGGUAGUAGGCAAGGUAUAGGCUGUAGAAUGUGCUGACUGCAGUUUGUCAUGUGGAGUAUAAUUAUAGAUGUUUCUGUUUGUAGAUGACCAACAGGAGGCAGCAUAAGAUCUAUUUGAAUUAAAACACCUGAAAACAGGGAUAUAUUUGACAUUACUUAUAGUUGACCAUUAUGCUCUAUUUUUUUUUCCUUCUAACAUCCAAUAAAGCGUAGAGAUCAGUAACAUUUUGCUGCUGCCUGGGCUCUGCUGAUAUGUGGAAAGUAUGAUACUACAUGUUUGCCGAGAUGUUCAUUCUUUUGUGAAAUAAAGCACUAAGCAA